GUUUCAUAUGCGUCAUGCCAGAAUUUCUCUCUAAGGGCCUGUCCAUUUGAUAUAAGGUUUAUGGUACUCGCACAGUGCACAGUAGAGAUAAUACAAAACAAACAUUUCUCGAUUUGUACUUGUACAUAUUUAUUUUCACAAUUAAAAAUUUACGAAGUGUUGGAAGUCAGAAAUGGAAACAUACUCAAAAAUUUUCCUAGAUGAAAGUACUCAUCACAAAGUAAAGAUGGAAAUGGGAGUAGAUGAUGAAAGCUAUGAAAAAGGAAAUUCAUUUGACUUGGGAUUUCAGUACACGACUGAUGGGGGGCAUAUUGAUGAAAAGACUGAAAUCAUGGAUAUUGCUCAUCAUUACACUGAUGAGAAUGGAAUAAGAUCGUCUAUUAAAUAUGAAAUAGGCGAGUUUGCUUUGAACCAGAAGAACAAUCUCGAAGGGUAUAUAGCUGCUGUUCAUUUAAAUGACAAAGAACAUAAAUGUCACUUAUGUGAGUUUGCAGCCAAUCAGAAAUUUCAACUAAAACAUCAUUUGGAUUCUGUCCAUUUGAAUAAAAAAGAAUUUCAAUGUCCAUUAUAUGAGUAUGCUGCAAGCAUGAAAGAAACCCUCCAAAAUCAUAUAGAUGCUGUCCAUUUGAAUAAAAAAGAACAUAAAUGUCACUUAUGUGAUUAUGCAUCCAACCGGAAAGUUUACCUCAAAAAUCAUUUGGAUUCUGUCCAUUUGAAUAAAAGAGAACAUAAAUGUCACUUAUGUGAGUUUGCAGCCAACCAGAAAGUUCACCUCAAAAAGCAUUUGGAUUCUGUCCAUUUGAAGAAAAAAGAACAUAAAUGUCACUUAUGUGAUUAUGCAUCCAACCGGAAAGUUUACCUCAAAAUUCAUAUUGAUUCUAUCCAUUUGAAUAAAAAAGAACAUAAAUGUCUCUUAUGUGAUUAUGCAUCCAACCAGAAAGUUCACCUCAAACAUCAUUUCGAUUCUGUCCAUUUGAAUAAAAGAGAACAUAAAUGUCACUUAUGUGAGUUUGCAGCCAACCAAAAAGUUCUCCUCAAAAAGCAUUUGGAUUCUGUCCAUUUGAAUAAAAAAGAACAUAAAUGUCACUUAUGUGAUUUUGCAUCCAACUGGAAAGAUAUAAGUGAAUUUUUAUAUUCCAAAAUGAAAACUAUCAACAGAGCGGAGACCAAAGCCGAAAAGUCUACAACAAAGAGGAUAUUGCGAACAACUGAAAUGAAGACCCUAGAAACAAUAACAGGAUACAAACUGGCAGACAGAAUGGUAAAGAUCACCAGGGACUACAAACCCCUCAGAAGAAGAUCCAUCUGA